AACAUCUCAAACGCGCGCACCAUUUGAUUCAAGGAAAUUCUUGAAAAUAAAGUGGUAAAGUAUAUCAGUCUGUGCUGCGUUUUGACUCGAAAUACACUCUCAUAACCCCGGGUAUUACAGUUGACUCUCUGGUCUGAAGCCAGCUCUACCAGGACACCCAGCAUGCAGGAGGACUCUAGCCGCAGUCCCAGUUACACGGUGACAUGUGAGGACUACGUUCAUGUGGUCGAGUUCAGUCCCUUCAGCUCUGGUACCCCUGCCUCUCUCCUGGCCUAUGGUGGAAACCAGUAUGUGGUGGUGGGCACCUGCCAAUUCCCGGAGGAGGAUAUGGAGAUCGAGGGAGUUGAAUUCAAUGUACUUCGAGCUUUCCAUCACGAAUUGCGUGUUGAUGCUCUCGCCUGGAGCCCAGAGUCGCGGCUGGACAGGAUACCAACUAUCAGAUUCUGCACCGCUGCAGCUGACAGAAAGCUACGCCUGCUGACUUCUGAUCUCCAGGAUAGGCAUGAAGUCAAGGUGAUGGAGGGCCACACCAGCUACAUUAACCAAUUGGUGUUCGAGCCCACGGAGGGGAAACAAAUUGCUUCCGUCAGUGAUGACCACACUUGCAGGGUGUGGGACCUGGAGGGAAAUGCAAGCUCUACUCUCAGACUUCGCUCUCCUGGCAUCAGCGUGUGCUGGCACCCAGAGGAAGCCUUUAAGUUAAUGGUGGCAGAGAAGAAGGGAACGAUUCGCUUCUACGACCUGGUGACCCAGCAGGCCAUUCUGUCUCUGGACUGCGGUCAGUCGCCUCUCAUGUCGGCCGACUGGUGCCUCACAAACACGAUCAAAGUCGGCGCCGUGGUGGGAAACGACUGGCUCAUCUGGGACAUAACUCGCUCCAGUUACCCACAGGAAAAAAGACCAGCCCACAUAGAUAAAGCCCGGUUAUUCAAGUGGUCUCGAGCCAAUGAAAACCUCUUUGCCACCACUGGAUGUCCGGGAAAGAUCUCCAGUCAGUUACUCAUCCACCAUCUUGGCCACCCACAGCCGGUGAUGAUCGGAUCGGCCGCAGUGGGAUCGGGUCUCAGCUGGCACCGGACACUCCCGCUCUGCGUGAUGGGAGGCGACAGGAAGCUUUGCUUUUGGAUGACUGAAAUGUAGAUGUCUGUACAGCACUUUCCAUGGUGGACACAGUCGAACUAAGCGUUUCUAUUCUAAUAAAUGUCCAAUAACAAUAAAUAUUUUUCUGAGUAUCUGCUGAGGCUUUUAUGGUGUUUGAUGGAUAUUGGCUGCACGCUUGAGUUUUGUUCUUUUUCAAAUCUGCCCACCAAUUCAGGUCGGCUACAGAUAAACGGCGGGCUGGUCGGGUUUCUUUUCUCUUAAGAGUAAGUUACGUCAGCUUUCUGUUAAGUCCUGCCAAGACUUCAAAGGAAUGCACCGAGGCUCCAGCGCCAGCUCUCCACUCAACAUGAUCAUCGUACUACAGGUGUUCUCUCUCUUGGCUGUUUCUCACUUUUCUUUACUAUCAAUGAUCGACUGAAUCAGAUCAAUAAAAUGUUCUUUUGUACGGGCCGUUCCACCUACUGUGGAGCGCCGAACAUCCACAGAAAGGUCGGGAUGAGGUGAAACUAGGAGGCCUGGCCGCGCUCCAGCUGUUGGACAGACCCUGAAGGGGAGGCCGGGGUUGUAAGCGUAGAUC